AUUCAUUCGUACGCGAUUAGUGGCGUCCUAUUUCUAUUAUCUUUGUAAAUUUAUAUAUCUAUUAUUAAUUUAUCUAUAUUCAUGAUAUAUUUAUAGAAUUCCAAGAAUUAACUAGAUUAAGUUUUACCUAGAUAGUUUGAAGAGCAGCGUGACUGUUUGAAAACAUGGAUAGGAAUAAUAUGAGGGCCCCGUACGUGAACAGCGGCCCGCGCAGCCUCCCGCACCUCGGCAAGCGGCACUCCAACGGGCACUCGCACUCGCACUCCGCCAGACUUAGCCCGCCGGCGCCCCCACACAACAACAACACACAGCAGGACGACAUCAUCAACUAUAUAUAUGACUCGUGGAACAAGGUGACGCGGGAGCUGGAGCGCGGCGGCGAGGAGGCGCGCUACUACAGCGAGGCGCCGCCGCGGCAGCUCGCCAACUUCCGCCCCUUCAACCUCGACGAGUGGUGGGGCCGCCGCCUGCUGCAGGCCAUCAACCGCUCCAAGCACCGCUCCUAGUUGCCGCCGCCCAUCGUGGCUCUGAGCGCAGAUAACCGACAUUUUAUUUAAGGCGUCUUUAGUUAAACCGCUCAAAUUGAAAGGCGGUGCACGUUUUUCGGUCUAUCAUUGUAACCGUACAAUAUUUAACGACGUCCCAUCGAUCUCGACGAGUGCUGCAGGCCACCAACCUCUCAAAACACCGCUCCUAGCUCCCACUUGGGCACAAUGGCCGUUCUGAAUGAACACAACCGAUAUUUUAUAACAGCUCUUCGGCGUAACUCGUCUUUAAUUAGACCGCUAAAUUUGAAACGCGGUGCACGUUAUCCGGUUUAAAAUAUCUUUUUAACCGUACCAAAAUAUUUAAUCUUGACGAAUUUCGAGCCUGCUACAGGCCAUCAAUCGCUCCAAACACCGCUCCUAGUUCCAACCGGGGCAUAAUGGCUGUUCUGAGCGGAGGCAACCGAGAUUUUAUGACAUCCAUUAGGCGUAAAUCGGAUUUAGUUAAACCGCUGAAAUUUCUCGGUCUCAGAUAUCUUUGUUGACGUACCAAUGAUGUUUAACGACGUCCCUUCAAUCUUGACAAGUGCAACUCUGUUCUGAAAUUCAACCAUCAUGGCGCAAUCUAAUAUCAGUAUUGCAACAAUUUUGGACCUAAAGCGUCUGAAGGAUUUUUACAUACUAAUGAGUCAGUAGUAAUGACGUAAAUCAUAAUUGCCCGUCAAGUCUUAACAAGCGUUUGAUAUUCGUUUGUCCGUCAUUUUGACAUUUGCGUUUGUUAAAGAGAGAUACAAUUUAUCAGCGGUUUUUAUGAAUAAAUGUGCAAAAGUGCGGUAUUUCAUCUGGGUAGCGAAAUGUGCAUUUUGUCUUAAUUUGUAUGUGGUAGCAGACUUGUAAUAUCGCAUUUGUCUACUGAGGCAACACAUGGUUUUACUUAGUUUAAGUAGUCGCGCAGUUAACGGAGUUACCAAUAGACUUGCAAUGUCGAAAUUUCGUGGUAGUCAACUUAUAACUGAACUGGAUGGCGCUGCACAAUACAAUUUCGUGUGAACUAUGUAAUCUAAAUUAACCGGUUUAUUAGACGAGCGACGAGACGACCGGCCGGCCCGGUGGUGUGCCGCGUAAACAAACCGGCUUUUAUUGUUCUAAAUCAGUUAAUCUGACAAGAACUUUAUGGAAAUGUUCUCCUUAAAACCGGUUUAAAAAUAACGGUUUCGAACGAAACCGAAAUAAAAAGUUUUACGCCAAGUAAAGGAUAACGGUUUGGAAAAGUAACCGGUUUCCGAGCCUUGGUUACAACGGUGGAGUCAGUACAAUUUAUAAACAUAAAAAUUAAAAUUGUACUCUGCUUCCUUCUUCCGCCAGGCUACACAAUGUAUUGCGUUGUGCAACGCCAUUUAUUUGUGACAUCAACUUGGCCGUUCCGAUAUAUCUGACGGCGACUGUACGAGUUAAGUCAACUAAUUUAACUUGUCAAACUAACAUUUGAUCUCAUUUUACUCGUACUAUAUCUGCGACAAGGUACAGAAUGGCUCAGGAAUCAAAUUGGUUCACCAUUUCUAUGAUAACUCCGUCAUCUGUGGUCGUUGUUACGUGGGUCGGUGACGAAUAAAGUCUUGUUGCCGUUUGUUAUAUUGUCAAAGACAUGUUCUUAUUUUAAAUUCAAAAUAUUUUAAUCAGUUUGAUGUCUAACAAUCCAAAUUUGGAUUUGAUGGUGUGAAAAUCUAUAUAUAAGAAGAUUAAGAUUGUUUUCAUAUCUAAAUAUUCAGAUUUUAAUUAGAUUUGAUUUGGUGAAGAUCCAGCUGAUUUGAAUCGUUGAAUCUCAAGACUGCAUAAGUAACCUGGCUGCAAAUACAUAAAUAAAUAUUAUAGGACAUUAUUACACAAAUUAAGUCCCACAGUAAGUUUAAUAAGGCUUGUGUUGUGGGUCAGGACAAAACAAAUAUCCGUGCUCAUCACACCAGCAUUUGAACACGGGAUCAUUGUUUAUAAAGGUAGGGUCACUACCCACUAUAGCCUGCCAGACCGGUGGUCAAAACAUCCCUUUAUGUACACUUUAUUUGAACAUGUUAUUUCUGCUCAGAAGCAUCACGAGUUCUUUAGGUACUAAUAGGAAAAAAAAAUCCCAAGGUUUUAUUUUAAUUCAGUUACCAUUUUUUAAUUGCUUUGUAUAGCGGUAACAAAAUGGAAAUAUCGAAAAAAAAUAUCGAAAUUUUGAGGUAUUUUUUUUCUCCUAUUAGUUAGUUGUUUGACAUUAGAAAGAAGGUAAGCGAUCUAGACGUGUGUGUGACUUUAUAAAACAAACGCGUCAGUUUGUGUGCUGUAUGUUCGCGAUAAACUCCAAAACUACUGAACGGAUUUUCAUACGGGUUUCAUAUCAGUUAUCCUCGCCUGAGCGCGCCGCCACGGCCGAGGCACGCCUACACUAGUCGGUUUGUGCGCGAGGAAAUUGCCUCGCGCGAAUGCUCGUUCUGUGUGGACCCGCCCAAUAGUGAUUCUUGAGGAAGGUUUAGGUGUAUAAUUUGUUAAUCCGUGCGAAGUCGGGGCGGGGCGGGUUGUCUAGUUUUUAUUAAAGAACUGUUGUAACAUAAGUCCCAGCAUAUAUGUAACAAUUAUAAAUCAUAUACCAACGAUUAUUUACGUUCUUUCGCUUUCAUAAGUAAUAUUAUUGAUAAACGCUUUUUUACUCUUUGACCGCCAAAGACGUCAUAUGACGUGCGCGGCUACAGCCCAAUAUCAACCUUCAUGCGUACCGACAAGGUUCACGAUUACGCACCGCGUACGAUAGGCGUGGCGUUCAAAAGGUUAAAAAGCGUUUAUCAAUAAUUUUUAAUAAAAAGACACGUCAAGUUUGUUUACCUUUUUGCUGCUACUAAAAAAAGGAAGUAUAUGAUCAAAAAAGCUCGUUAUUCUGAGUAGGAAUAUCCUAAAAACUGAUCACCCAAAUUUGAAAAAAAAAGUAGUGUACAAUCAUUUAAUUUGUGACCCAUUUGGUACUAUGGAAGGUAGAGGCAAGGAACAGAAACUCCUUAGGCAGAAUUGUUGCAAAAGUGUCCAGCUGUCAGCUAUAAAUAAUAGUUCCAAAUCUCUCCAGUAGCGCUAGAGUAGCUAAGAACCUAGGCGUUAUUGACGGAGUGAAGUGCGCUGUCUAUGAUUUGUUUUUUUUCUCAAGUAUUCUAGGUAUUGUAGCGCCACCUAUUUAAGGUUUUUUGAUGACACUUUUUGGUACAUGGAGAUUUAUUUCCUUUAUCCACCUUCCGUAGUAUGAGGUCUCUAGCGACUUUCAUGUUGUUUGUCACUGUGACAAGGUACGAAAUGGGCCACUAAUUAACCCCCUUAUUCAUAAACGUCUACUAAAGUUGACUAGCCGCUAAUAAUCGUUUGUCCCUUUCUAUAAUACCAAUACGUCGGAAAGGGACAAACGAUUAUUAGCGGCUUGUCAACUUUAGUAAGCGUUUAUGCAUAAGGGGGUAAAUCUUUUGACUGUACAUCUUUGAAUAAAAUGAUUCAUAUUUUGAAGAAGUUCGUAUAAUUGACUAUCAUUUUCUAAUUUAGACGCAACAAGAUUUUAUUUCUUACCAACCAUUGUUUGAUAUACGCCUACCUUUUAGUUCCCUUGCUUGGUUAACGCUAUCCUUAGUUUAAAAUGCAUUUAAAUGAAAUUAAUAUUAUGAUACUAUUACAUCUGAAAUUUAUGAAGUUCAAUGUCAAAAUAUAUAAUGAAACAUAUACAAUAAAAGCAAUAAUAUUAGUUUAUCACAAGUAGGGAACCUGUAUUUUUAAGGUUAUGUAAAUAUUUUAGCAUGAAUUUCAAUUUUAUUUAUAUUUAAGUGAAUAGUGUGACCGAUAGAACCAGCUAGUGUUUUUUAAUUUUGACUCUGCUUGUAGUGAAAACUAGGAUUACAUGUGCAUCUACCAUCAAAUUACAGCCCUAUUUGACUUGACAUAGUGACAGGUGACAUUGCUAAUCUGGUAAAGAAAGGACGCUUAACAAGAGGAAAUUCGUACAUUGACCCACCUGUCCUGUCUCUUUCGCACGCGUAUAGUUAAUUAUAUUGCUGUCCCAGUCGAACAGUCAUUGACCGCCGGCAUCAUGGGCGGGACAACAAUUAGGCGGUCAAUGUGAUAGUGUUCUUUCUUUACUGUAUAUAGGGCAUUUUCACAAAAAAGUGUACCCUGUCCUUUUUUAAUCUAACAUUUUUUUUUUCAGAACAUUAGAUUUCAUAAAACAUUGUUAGUAAACGAGGUAGUUCAUUAUUGCUUCCUUUUUGUAUAUUCAAAUGUUUUCAAAAAAUAAAUAUAAAUAAUUUACAAUAAUAUUAUUAACCAUGAAAUCAAAAUUUAUAAUUAAAUUAUAAUUAAUUUUAAAUAAUGAACACAUUAUAAUAAAUAAAUAUGUCAAAUUCAAAAUAAGAUAGACUAGAUUAGAAUGUCACAAUUGAGUAGGUAUACUAUCUGUAUAGGGACCGUGCGUAUUGGAGGGUCUGCCAUCUUGUGGCCUGAAUCGGAACAAUACACAUGUACAUUUACACGUCACGUGUUUUCUUGUGCAUAGUAGGUUCUGCCAUCUUCUGGGCUACAUCGGAACAAUAAACAUCACAUUUACGCCUCGCGCCAAAAAUCUGACGGCUCCUGUGCUGCCUCCUACAGUUCAUGCACGCUCCCUAUAGCAGUUGUAGGAGCGUUACAAAACUGACUAAUAAAUUUUGUAUAGAAAACUAAGCAUAAUUAAGGCAAAACGGGUACAUUUUUUUCUGAAAACCCCCAUAUGACAAACAGAAUAACUUGCAUCUUAAAUUGCACAUCAGUAGCAAUAAAUCUAGAGUCCAGCGAUGCCAACUCUGCAGCGAUUUUGAUAGCACAGACUGUGCAAGUGUUUAAACGUCAAACUUUAAUGAAAUUAUGACGCUCAAAAUAACACUUGCGCAAUCUGUGCGCAUAAAAAUCGCUGCAGAGUUAGCUUGGUCUGACUAUCUGUCCGUAUGAAAAGGUACCGUAUCCAGUUGGCAUAAGAUGCCUUUUUAUGUGGAAAACCACGUAUAGGCAUACACUACCACAAUAUGUUCUUCGUCACUUUCACGAGUUGAAUACGGCUAAUAUUUGUGCCCAAAAACCUCAUAACUCGACAUAAUUUUCGAUAUUCUUGUUAUUUAAAAACAGACAACAUAAUUAGAAAAUUUAACUAAAAAAAAUAGGCAGAUGUUAGAAUCAUAUUGUUUUUUAAUCAUUAUAUUUAACAGUAUGUAAUGAAUUGCGCACCUUCCUUAACCCAUUCAGCGCUAAUCACGACGUUGUCGUUUUGCCUCCACGAAGCAUUUCCGCUACAUACCGGGAAAACCAUGUUAUCGGCUACGACCGUAGCUCAGCAGUGAAUGUGUUAAGGUCGCGUCCCAAUGUUUGUCAAGAAAAACUUGAUUCACGACCUUAGAUUCCCUAGAACAUUAUUGACCUACCCAUUGCAAGUGUUUUUACUAUACGCAGAUUAAUGAAUAAUGAAUUUCUGAAUUAUUAUUAUGAUAUACAAUAACGUUGACAUUCCAUUCAUGCCUGUACUUAGACUUCGAAAUCUUCGAAUGUUGUAAAUAGGUUUAAGUCACACAGUGCUGCCAGAUUAUGGAUUUGAAUAAAAUGUUUUUACUACG